UGUGGCUAAUGAGAUGCUGCAUGCGGGAUGAGGCGGGCGGGGCGGGGCCGGGCGCGGCCGGGGCCGUUGGGCAGCGCGGGCUCGGCGGCCUGAGGAGCCGGCGGCGGUGGCGGCGCCAUGGAGGGCGGCGGGGGCUCGGCCCGCGGCGGCCGCGACAAGAAGCGCGGCAAGGCCCUGGCGGCCGAGGAGGCGGCGGUGACGGCGGCGGCGGGGCCUGGCGACCCCAGCAAGUCCAAGAAAUUCACUUUGAAGCGGCUCAUGGCAGAUGAAUUGGAGCGAUUCACCAGCAUGAGGAUGAAGAAGGAAAAGGAAAAGCCCAAUGCGGCUCAUAGGAAUUCUUCUGCCUAUGUGGAUGUCUCUGCUUCAGGACAAACACUCCAGGAGAUACCAGAUGAAGAUGUGCUGUCACUCUUUGAGCAGAUGCUGCUGGAUAUGAACUUAAAUGAGGAGAAACAGCAGCCACUGAGGGAGAAAGACAUUAUGAUCAAGAGGGAGAUGGUAUCCCAGUAUCUGCACACAUCUAAAGCUGGCAUGAACCAGAAGGAGAGCUCAAAGUCAGCCAUGAUGUAUAUCCAGGAACUGAAAUUAAAUCUCAGGGAUGCGCAGCUGCUCAACUGUCUGGAGUCUUUGCGAGUGUCGCUGAAUAACAACCCUGUCAGCUGGGUGCAGAACUUUGGUGCUGAAGGCCUCACCUGCCUGCUGGAUAUUCUGAAAGGGCUUCAUGAGGAAAAAGAAGAAGCACCAGGUUCAUAUGACACACGGAGCAGACAUGAGAUCAUCCGAUGUCUGAAGGCCUUUAUGAACAACAAGUUUGGAAUCAAAACAAUGCUGGAUACGGAUGAGGGGAUCCUGCUGCUUGUGAGAGCUGUUGACCCAAAAGUCCCUUCCAUGAUGAUAGAUGCUGUGAAGCUUCUGUCUGCCCUCUGUAUCCUGCCUCAGCCUGAAGGCAUGUAUGAGCGAGUUCUGGAGGCACUGACUGAAAGAGCGGAAAUGGAUGAGGUGGAACGAUUCAAACCUCUGCUGGAUGGCCUGAAGAGUGGCACUUCAGUGGCACUGAAGGUGGCCUGUAUGCAGCUGAUCAAUGCCAUGAUCAGCCCUGCUGAUGAGCUUGACUUCAGAGUUCACAUUCGUAGUGAGCUGAUGCGUUCUGGAUUGCAACAUAUCCUUAAGGAGCUGCGUACGCUGGAGAAUGAAGAGCUGAAAGUGCAACUGAGUAUAUUUGAAGAACAUGGUGAGGAAGACUCUGAGGACCUCAGGAGCCGUCUAGAUGACGUUCGCAUUGAAAUGGAUGAUUUCAAUGAAGUAUUCCAGAUUCUCCUCAACACGGUGAAGGAUUCCAAAGCAGAACCAUUUUUCCUCUCCAUCUUGCAGCACCUUUUACUAAUCCGCAAUGAUUAUGAAGCCAGACCUCAGUAUUAUAAGCUGAUUGAUGAAUGUGUCUCCCAGAUAAUCCUGUACAAGAAUGGUGCCGAUCCUGACUUUAAAUGCAGGCAUCUUGACAUAAACAUUGAGGGGUUAAUAGAUAACUUGGUUGAUCAAACCAAGGUGGAGAAAAGCGAGGCCAAAGCAGUGGAACUGGAGAAAAAGCUGGACUCAGAGCUGACUGCACGGCAAGAGCUACAAGUUGAAAUGAAGAAGAUGGAAAGUGACUUUGAGCAAAAACUCCUUGAUGUGUGUGGUGAGAAGCAGAUACUGGACACAGAGAAACAGCAAAUCACUGCAGAGAAGCAGGAGCUAGAAAGCAAAGUCUCACAUCUGAGUGAGGAGAUUGCUAAGUUGGAAAAAGAGCUCGAAGACACCAAGAGAGAAAUGGCUUCAUUCUCUUCUUCCUUGCUUCUUCCUUCAGUUCCAGGCCAUACAGGGAACCUCCAGCUGCCACCUUCACUCCCAGGCACUGUUUCUGGCAGCAUCCCACCACCUCCUCCACUACCUAGUGCAACUGAGGUGGCCCCAAUGCCUCCCCCACCCCCUCCAUUGCCAGGCUCUGCUUCUGGGGGCAUCCCACCGCCCCCUCCUCUCCCAGGUGUGGUUUCUGGGGGCAUCCCACCGCCCCCUCCGCUUCCGGGCUCUGCUUCUGGGGGCAUCCCACCGCCCCCUCCUCUCCCAGGUGCGGUUUCUGGGGGCAUCCCACCACCCCCUCCACUGCCAGGCUCUGCUUCUGGGGGCAUCCCACCGCCCCCUCCUCUCCCAGGUGUGGUUUCUGGGGGCAUCCCACCACCCCCUCCACUGCCAGGCUCUGCUUCUGGGGGCAUCCCACUGCCCCCUCCUCUCCCAGGUGUGGUUUCUGGGGGCAUCCCACCACCCCCUCCACUGCCAGGCUCUGCUUCUGGGGGCAUCCCACCGCCCCCUCCUCUCCCAGGUGUGGUUUCUGGGGGCAUCCCACCGCCCCCUCCACUGCCAGGCUCUGCUUCUGGGGGCAUCCCACCGCCCCCUCCACUUCCAGGCGUUGGUGGGGGCAUCCCUCCCCCACCUCCUCCUCCAGGCUGUCCUGGGAUCCCACCACCCCCACCAGGAAUGGGUGCCCCUCCUCCCCUUCCCCCUGGCUUUGGUGGCUGGGGGGUGCCUGCAGCUCCAGUUCUUCCAUAUGGAUUAGCUCCAAAGAAGGCUUACAAGCCAGAUGUACAGCUGCGGAGGCCAAAUUGGUCCAAGAUCGUGGCUGAAGACCUCUCUCAGGAUUGUUUUUGGACAAAGGCAAAAGAAGAUCGGUUUGAGAACGAUGAUCUCUUUGCCAAGCUGACACUCACCUUUUCUGCCCAAACAAAGUCCUCCAAGGCAAAGAAAGACCAGGAGGGUGGAGAAGAGAAAAAGAUGACUCAAAAGAAAAAAGUGAAGGAGCUGAAAGUGUUGGAUUCGAAGACUGCCCAGAACCUCUCCAUUUUUCUGGGAUCUUUCCGCAUGCCUUAUGAAGAGAUCAAGACUGUGGUCCUGGAGGUGAAUGAGGCUGUGCUGACUGAGUCCAUGGUUCAGAACUUGAUUAAGCAGAUGCCGGAGCCAGAGCAGCUGAAGAUGCUUGCAGAGCUGAAGGAUGAAUACAAUGACCUGGCAGAGUCUGAGCAGUUUGGGGUUGUGAUUAGCUCAGUUUCUCGUCUCCGACCCCGUCUCAAUGCCAUCCUCUUCAAGCUGCAGUUCGAUGAGCAGGUAGAGAACAUCAAACCUGAAAUCGUCUCAGUGACAGCAGCCUGCGAGGAGGUGCGCAAGAGUGAGAGUUUCUCCGGCCUGCUGGAGUUUAUCCUGCUGGUGGGCAAUUUCAUGAAUGCAGGCUCUAGGAAUGCUGGUGCCUUUGGCUUCAACAUCGGCUUUCUCUGCAAGCUCCGAGACACAAAGUCCUCAGAUCAGAAGUUAACACUGCUGCACUUUGUGGCUGAACAGUGUGAACAGUCCUACCCCAAACUGCUGACGUUUCCUGAUGAGCUCAUCCAUGUGGAAAAGGCCAGUCGAGUGUCUGCUGAGAACUUGCAGAAAAAUUUGGACAUGAUGAAGAAACAGAUUUCGGAUGUGGAACGUGAUAUUGAGAAUUUUCCGGCUGCUACAGAUGAAAAGGACAAAUUUGUGGAAAAAAUGACAAGCUUUAUUAAGGAUGCCAAGGAGCAGUACGACAAGCUGCGAAUGAUGCAUUCAAACAUGGAGAACCUGUUUAAGGAGCUGGGCCAGUACUUUCUAUUUGACCCCAAGAAAACAUCUGUUGAGGACUUUUUCAUGGAUCUGAACAACUUCAGAAAUAUGUUUCUGCAAGCCGUCAAGGAGAAUCAGAAGCGGCGUGAAACAGAAGAGAAGAUGCGCCGAGCGAAGUUGGCGAAGGAGAAGGCUGAGAAGGAACGACUGGAGAAGCAGCAGAAGAGAGAACAGCUGAUAGACAUGAAUGCAGAGGGUGAUGAGACAGGAGUGAUGGACAGUCUGCUGGAGGCCUUGCAGUCUGGAGCUGCGUUCCGCAGGAAGAGGGGACCACGCCAGGCAAAAAGAAAAACUGGCUGUGCUGUCACCUCUCUGCUAGCUUCAGAGUUGAUGAAGGAUGAUGCCUUGAGUUCAGUACCAGCUAAGAUGUUCAAGAACACUGAGAAAACAACAGAUGGAGGGGUCCAUGAGGAAACCAUGGAGAUGAAUAGCCGCUCGAGCUAGACUUUGGGCCCUGCACUAGGGCUGAAACCUGCAGGACUGAAAAAGUUUUACAGAGGAAGCAAAAUACACUGGGUCACUCUGGAAUCUGUGCAUGGGCCUGAGGGUUAAUUUAAUUUCCGUCUUGCUCCUGGGCUGCUUGUGCCAGCUUUGAGCCUUUUGUUGUUGUUCUAGAUCUCCUCUCCAGCCUUCGGUCUGCUUCUGUAGAGAAUUGAGGGGCAAAAUGCUUUAGCUCGGCGCAGAGGGGAGGGACUUCAUCUGCAGCCCUCCUUUUCUCAGCAGGAGCGUGGUAGAGCCGACUGGGCAGAAAGAGGCAUGGACAGAGAGGGUAGAGCCACAGCCCCACCUACACAUAUCUCCAUGUUGGGGUGCCAAAGCAGGGACAUUGUAAGCUGCCUUAACCCCAACUUUUUUAGUCUCUGUUACUUUGGGACGUGCUGAUGAGCCAGACCAGCCAAAGCCCUGUUGCUCCAGGUGACUCUCCUCUAGCAGUACUAGAGGCUCCUAGCCUGUUCCUUCAUCACCUCUCUGCAGGAGGGAACCCUGUAGGUCAAUUUAGCUGGACUUCUGCUUCUCCAAAUGCUGUUGUGUUAUUGUACCAGCACCUUCUGUGCCCUCAUCCCGCUGUCCGCUGGGAAAGGAAGUGAUUCCUGAGCUGCCGGAGGUGGGAAGCUGCGCCUUUGUUUCCCUCAGGACCCGUUGCUUCCCUGCUUUCUCUCUGCUUGCUGUAUUUAUUACUAGCGUCCUUUAGCUGAGCCCUCCCUGCUGCUGGAAAGAACACAGUGAUGUGUGUGCCCAAAGGGAAGGGAAAGGAUCCUGCUGCUGAUGGCUGGGGCGAGUGGGGAGGAAGUCGCUUCUACUCCAGUAGCUGCCUCUGCAUGUCUUGAAGCCAAGAGGACUAAGGUGAAGUGCGUUAGUCUGCGUUACUCUGUGCCCUGAGGUCAGGAACUCUUCACGCUCAGUGUCAUGUGCCUAAGCACUGGCCGCAACCCCCAGAGACAUCUGCUCGGGACAAGCCGGGGUUGCAGUUCUUAGCAGCGUACAAUCUUCACAGGAUGCCACGUCAGGAAAACACCGCCUGUCAUCUUCUGUGGCAAACCCCUUGUGUGGCUGUAGCCCAGGGUCUGGGAGCUACACCCUGGGGCCCAGACCCGUUGAGGCUGCUUGCUUCAGCUGUUGCGUUGUGCCAUGCCAGACUCCCGCUCACCCUGCCCCGGUGAUGAGGGCGGGAGCCUCAUUCUACAAAAUCACUUUGCAAAUGUAUCUAUUUUUGUAUCAGAUUUUGUUUUAAAAGGAAAAUUUGAAUGUAAGAUGAACAUAUCUGAAACAUUUGCAUGUUCCUUGGAGUCCCCUCCCUGAGCUCGGUACCCUGUGCCAGCCAGACGAGCACUGCACUGUCCUGACCCUCCCUGGGUGCGGAGGGGACCUGCCUACCUGCUUGAAGCCCCCAGCCCCAAGAUCGGAAGAGCUGCUGUGUUUGUUCCAGCUGAGCCUCUCCAUCCUUCAGUAAGGUAGCUCAGACACUGCCUCUACUUACCUCUCCCCUUGCGGGACUGUUACCAUUUCGUAUGUGCUGCCAAGCAACUCUGAUGUGAGCAGCUAAGGGUAUUCCCAUAAAAAGCCAGCUGCUUGGGUUUGGAAAGCAAGGUGCAGAGCGGUGCUGGACACCAGAGGUAUUUAGGAGGACAGUCCCCUCAGCAGGACCCUGGGUCCAUACUAUGGGGUGCUGGCUGUUGGUGCAAUAGUGUGUGGUGGGAAUGGCUCUGCCCCAGCUUGUGGCAUCCAGACACUGAGUUUUGUUGUUGUUUUAACUUAAUGCAUUUGUAAUGUUGAAGUGAUGGAGUGGUUUGUAAAAGCCCAGUGUAGUCUGGGCCUGGCACACAGCUUUGCUGCUAUUGCCCCCAUGAACUUCUGUACCCACAAGCGUAUGGAUGGGGGCUUGGCACAUGCAUACAGUGUCAUAGGCCACAAGCUGUAUGUGCACACGGCAGCAUGGGGACACGGCCUGCCUGCAGUGAAACCAGGAGCAGAAAGUGCCAGUCCCUUGGGCAGGUGGAGGCAGUCUAUGCCCUUGCAUAAGGCUGCCUUCUCCUAGUGUUACAGUGAUGCUUCUGCGUUUGAAAAUUAGCAAAUUAGGCAUUUGCUGUGCCUCACCUGGGGAUUCCUGCCUGCAGGCACUGCUCAGCUCUUCCUGGGAGGAAACAGGCUGAUCACAUCUAAAGUAGGAGUUGGGUAUAAGGAGGUAAGAAAAGGAAAGGGGGUAGGUGGGAAUCCUUUCAGAGAGAAAACAAUUUGGCACCCUCAGAUUUGGGAGAGCACAUGGGAAGGGAUUAUCCAGCCAAGGCAGUGUGUUGGGGUCUCGGGGACUCUUGUGAUAGCUGAUGUUGCCCAAGACGGGACUGGUCAUUUCCUGCAAGCGCGCGUGCCCUGCAGGGGUGCUGGUGGGAGAGCUGGCCCCCCAGUCCCUCCCACCCUGCCAAAGGUGUCACGCUGAGGCUUUGCAGCUUUUAUUUCUAAUCUACUUCUGUUGUGUUCAGUAAUAAGAAAAUUCCAUUUUCAUAGUGUUUUGGGUGUUCCUGGGACUUGUGAUCACAUCUGAUUAUUGGCUGGAAAUGUUAAUAAAAAAAUUGGAACUGCG